CUCCGACACUGCUUAGCCUUGGCAAUGUCUUCUCUCUGGGGGCUCGUACGGGUUUUAUUGGAUCCUCAUCCACACCCGUAUACCGCCUGCUGAAUACGUGCUUUGCCGUCCUCGGGGUUUUGAGUGUAUGACUUGGCUCCCACAGUUCUCCUUGGCAGCGCAUGCGGACUGAAGGCUGGUCAGCGCGGGUAAGAUGGUCAACCUUCGGCCUCCAAGCUGAUGUCGUGUCUUGCGUAUAUCUUGGGGCUUGGUCUCUUACUCUGGGUAUCAUCUCAAGUCAAUUCAGUCUAUCUUUCCACGCGGUCCUUCUCUUCCCGGCAUUCGUCUAUCCCAAUUUAGCGUUCUUCUGCGGCCUUUUUGUUCUUACAAUUCCUACUUGCAGUAUUGUCUUAGCUUUCUUGUGUAAUUUCAAGGCCGUAUCGCUGGAUCAGCUAGAACCUGCGGCUACUCUAUUCCCCUGUUAAGCCAUUCUGGACGUUGAUCGUCGGCACCCCUUCCCCACAACCUCACUCCACCUGUGGAUCUCCUUGCUACCUACAUAAAGUAUCUGGACUC